GCAUUUGCACCGUACUUUCCACGAACGUUCUACAAGAGACAGCAGCGUGUCCCGAGUGUUUGAUUUCGGCAAAUUUGCUCAGAUUGAACACCUCCUCUGCCGACAGGUCUUUUCCGAUCAGUGCCUUCGUAGUUCGCACUCACAUCACCCAACGGGAAGCUCUGAUGCUCUCCGACGGAUGCAGUACCGCCGGCCCUGCGCCUUACAAGUUGAAAAAUAAUCUUCGAUUCAUGGGAAUGGCCGGCACGAUGUCGUAUGUCAGAAAUUUCUCAUGGGUGUGGCGUACGCCUCUGGUCGUCUCGUUCACGUUAUGCACGAGCCAAUACCGGUCAAGAAAAGAACUCCGCGUUGGCGCCAAAUGCCGGAACAACGCCACCACGACGGCCACUUCCUCUGAGAUGUGCAGCCAAAGGCGGGACUUCUACGGAAACCACGCGAUCGACAAGGUACAGCACACGGCUUACUCGUGGAAGAAGCCCGAUCUCGUGGCCACCUACGACACUGCCGACACGAUGAGAUGGAAGGCAAGUAACCUGCUAUAGUU